GAGGAGGAGGAGGGGUGUCUAACAGUCCUACAACCAUAUUUUCUGUCCCGUUUAUCCGCCAUACAGGCCACAGCUCGCUGCUGCUGUCAACUAACUUCCUGCACGCGGCUGUAGGUUGACCGGGAUCUGUCCGGGCUGAGCGGCCGCCGCUGCGUGUCCGUGCGGGGCUCUUCUCCGCUCCGUGGAUGGUGCGUAAUAAUAUCAUCUGGAGAGGCCGAGGCCGACAUUUUACCCCCGUCCGGAGGAGCCUUAACUCCGAGGGGACAUCUGAGGACACGAGAUAAGGCUGGGAGGCUGAGAGCUGCAGGGCUGCGACAUGUGAAAAGAGCUCCACCCCUUGACCCUCUCAACUCUCAACCGAAGCAGAACUCACUUGAACUGAAGUUGUGACCGCGACCUGACACCCUCCUGCCUCGGGCAUGCCUCAGCCGGGUAUGAAUGGGAUGGAGCCUGCAUUUGGCGAGGCCUACGGGGGACAUAGGGGUCUGCUGAGCCCCUACCCUCUGGCCAUGUCGCCACAAGGGGGCAGGACUGAGUACGACCAGAGUGUGCUCCUCAUGCUGGGCUCCCCGGCAUCGCCAAGGAAACGGCCCUUUGAGUUGCUAAGCGACCUGGUGGACGACGGUGGCUUCGGCGAGGACCUGCACCCGGAGCGCUGGGAUGUGUCCGCGCUGGACGAGAUGGCUCGCUACACCAAGCUGGGCCUCGGUGUGGGAGGGGAGCUGCUGGCCUGCUCCGAGGAGGCCGUCCUGAUGGGCCGCUGGGGGAGAAGCCGGGAGGAGCAAGAGGAAGAAGAGGAAGAGGAGAGGAGGAGCAGGAACAGACACACAGUGCCGCCCGUCACCCAGGAAGUCCAGGCCACUGCUGCAGGAAGGGAGGAGGGGCGUAUCUCUGUUGUCACGACAACGGAGAGGGAGUUGUGUGUUGCAGGAAGAGCGGCCGGAGGAGGACAGGAUGGGGGGAUGCCGAGGGAGCGUACAGUGGAGGUGUAUCAGGUGGCACAGGAGGAAGAGGAGGUGGUGGCGGCAGCAGCGGCAGGUUUGGCUCUGGAGCACUGCAGCGAGGAGCACAACUACUCCCUGAGCCAGGGAGAGGAGCUGGGGGCGGGGCCCGGUCACAACUCCCAGACAGAGGGGUUGCGGGUGGGGGAGACGCAGCAGGAGGUGCGGGGCAGGGAGGAGAGUCAGGCCAAGACUGAGCUGGAUCUGGAAGACGAGGACGAGGAGCAGGAGGAAGAGGAGGAGGACGAGGAGGACGAAGAGGGGGAAGACGGAGAGGAGGGAGAGGAGGGAGCGGAGGAGACGGCGGCGGAGGCUGAACUCUCCAGCUCCUCAGAAACUGAAUGUGAGGUGGAGGCCGAGCCAGUGAGGCAGCCAGGCGAGCGCCCGUCGAAGCGUCGCUGUUUCUGGGAGUACCGACGUGCUCGAGAGACGGCCACGAAGAAGAAACUGGGCGGAGAUGUCCACUGGUCUCUGUCCUGGAGCUCCAGCACUCUACCCAGCACACUGUACCGCAGAGAGGGUAAAAAAGGACGGCGUAAAGCUCGUAAGACAGACGCCAGCGACCUGACGCCAAACCCCCAGAAGCUCCACAACAUCGGGGAGCAGCUGCAGAAGCUCAACGCUGCCAUCGACGGCAUGGGUCCGGUCAACGACCUGCCCGCUGUGGCCCGAGCCCGGUCCCGUAAGGAGAAGAACAAGCUGGCCUCUAGGUCCUUUAGUCGCCGGGCGGACCAAAGACUUUGUGCAAAGGAUUUUGGCGGCCAGCGGGGGCGGUCAGAACCAGCGCAAAGAGCCCCCGCAAGGAGAUGACAAGGCGGCAGGCUAAACCCAUCCACCGUCCCUGCUUCCCCUCCUCCUUCACCCUCCCUCUACCACGCCUUCCCCCUCCCAGCACCACCAACCAACCUGACCUGACCUGACCAAGCUUCUCUGCAACACCUCCACUCUUCACGUUGUACACAUUUGAGUAGGAGAUGAAGAGGUGCAGAUGCUGGGAAAGGGGAGGAGGAGGAGGAGGAAGAGGAGGAGGAAGGAGUAGCCUAAACAAGUAUGGGAGUAAAUUGCCACCCGGCUCCUGGUCCUCUCCUGUUGGCCCUCCAAACAGCAGCCGUCUUCACCGCUCUGUCUCUGCAGGCUGCACCACAACCACCACCAGGCCAGAGCUGCUGCUGCUGACGUCUCUGUAUUCUGUGUUAUGUCUGUGUGUGUGUGUGUGUGUUUGUGUGUGUGCGCGCAUGUGUGUGCGUGCAUGUUGGACAUGUAACAUAGUGUAUGAGCGUGUAUAGUGUUCCUCUCUCCCUCUGUGUGCUGUAUUUGUAUCCCAGUGUGCCUAUGAAUAGACAUUGCACUGUUUUGUAGAUGGUCGUAGUUGCCGGCAGGGGACCGGUAGUGAGUCGAGGGCGAGGGGGCAUUUGAGGAUAGAGGAAGUGCUAAAAUAAGGAAGUGGGAGGAGCCCAGGCCUGGAAGACAAAGAAACGAGUGUGUGUGGUUUUUUUUAUUUUGGCUGGGCUCCUAUAGAAGCACUGCAUACCAUUUGGAUUGCAUCGGCAUCUGAAAUGUCACUAAAUGUUGUGACACACAACAAGUGAAGGAGUCCUGAUGCCAGACCAGCUGUUGAUGGAAACAACAGCCUGUUUGUUGUGGAAAAGUCCUUGGAGCUUUAAUACCCCCACCCACCGCCCACCUCCCUCCCUCUUUAACUCCCCUUCACCCCAUCAAAAUGAAAGCAAAGUCAAAAACGAAAGAGAAAACUGCACCUUAAUUCAAACUGACCAAAGAUCACUGAUACUGCUGAACCACUCAGACACCAAAACGUCUCACUGCUUCAGAUGCUGCCAACCAUGAACACAUCAUUUUGUUUUGGGAAGGGGUAAGUGACUGAAAUAUUUUGGAUUGUUGACAUGUUUACCCACAUGCAUCCUUAAGGGAUGACAUUACUGAACGGAUUUUAAUUCCCCUCACCUAAAUGCACUACUAUCAUGAACCUGAGACACUGACAGUUUAUUAUUUGGUCAGCCUUUAAGCUGCAGCCUGGUGCUCCUUUAGCUUAUCUGCAGUGGCUUUAUUUUUACCCACAAAAGGGAAGUGUCCUCAAUGCCUUCCCCAAGCCCUCUCCUCAACCCCUGACCUGAUUAUGUAGCGCACCUUCCUGAAUUGCAAUGACAAAUAGAGAAAAACACUUGUAGAUCUAGAAAGCAAAUAAGUUUGAUUAGUAUUUUUUAUUAUGAUUUUGUUGAUAUUUGGCAAUGCCACAGCCCACAUAGUGGGUGUCAGUCUUGAGAGUUUUGAAAUCUGCCUUCUGUGGUCUUUGCUGAAGCUGAAGACCAACUUGUCCAAGGUCUCUAAAUGUUGUUGGACAUUAAAAAAAAAAGUCAAGGACCCUUUGAAUUGCACUGUGGUAAAAGCAACUAAGCACCUUCGAAGAGGGCUUCAGUUCCUCCAAAAGAGAGAAAAAAGACUCCUUUGUCUAAAGACAGAUAUUGAUUGAGAGACUUGUUGUUAGCGCUCAGCGCUUCGUGACCAACCGGUGGUCUCGGUUUGUUUCAGUAUGGUGCUACUGUUUGAUGAAAAAAUAAAAAGCAAUGCAAACCUGAGCGGAAGCAUCAGGCAGUAACUGCUGACUGGGUUUUGGCCUGCGAGCACAUACUGUUGUAAUAGGCACUUUGUUUGCAUAAUGACGCCUUUCUGAAGUGCCUGGAGCUUAAAGCCACAGGGACCUGUGUUAUUAUGCCUGAUCUUAAACCCUAUUACAAGGUAAAACGUAACUCAUGACUACUGCUCCGAGCUUGGCCUCACUUGACUUUACUUAGUGGAAAAAAAACUGCAGGCCUGUCUUAGGUUUUCUCACACAUUCAGCCAAAAAAAAAAAAAAGUCAACCAAAAUAUUUUGCUUUCAGAUUAAAACCUAUACAUGGAAACAGUAGCUGGCACCGGUUUCUGUGAACAUCAUCUCUGGGAAAUAUAAGUGGAGGAGUGGCUGUAAGCUAAGCAAUCCCCUUUUGUUUUUCAACCUUGACGAGCUCGCGUCUGGGCUGCGUUCCAAAGCUGCUGCUCUAUAACAUACUGUUCCCCUUCUAUGGAAACUCCAUUUCCUGUCUCAACCAGGAGAGGAGCAGUUAACCUUAAACUCUUCACCUCCUUGAGGUUUCACUCGUGGUCAUUUUGAAAGCUAUGGAGUCCAGGGCAGUUUUUUUUUUUUUUUCUUGCUCCUGUUUAACUUUAUGUUUCCUUUUCAUUCUGGGAAAUGUUGCUCAUGGUCAUAUGAGUAUAGAAGUGUACUGUAAACAGAGGAUUCCUGUCGUUCAGCUGGAAAGGUUUCAUUGUGGAGUCCUGCUGCUGGUGAAUAGAGCUUUAAGCUCUGAUGCCCACAGACAGACAGUCUGUGGCUUUGCAAGAAAAGAUGCCUAAUGCAGCAGCAAGAGGCUCUGAUGUCACAUUAAACAUCACCACAGAAACCUGGUCAGGUUUUCAUGUGAUCAUUUUACAGUAAAAAAUAAAUAAAAAGACAGAUGAUCUAGGACAAGGUCACUGAGGCCAGUAGAAUACAAUUGUUUGGUUAAAGGUGCACUCUGUGCUCUUUCUGCUGCUGAGAAGUGGUUCCUCCCGCUUUCUCUCGAGGCUUGGGAAGCUGGCGACGCUGCCAGCGGAGUCACAGGAUCUCGUGCUGGCAGCAGCUUCCUCCGCAUGCCCUCGCACAACACCAAACAAAAAACAGCUGAAAACAACUGUAUAUAUCCCUACAGUUUAAAACGUUAUACAAACCAACCGGAGGAGGACGAGCUCUUUGGGUUUAAGAGGGAUUCCACUUUGAAUGCACAAGUUUGUCCUGAUGUCCUUCCUCCGAAGCGGUGUUAUGUAACAAAACACCAUCUGUUGUGUACAUUCAUCUAUAUGCCAAAAACUGAACUGAAGAGAAAACUAUUCUAACUCAGUGCCACAGAUCCAAACAACUAACAAGACAUGGCGCUGGAUUUUGCGCAACUAGUGAGCUCGUAUAAGGGUUAAAAUUGAUACUGUAGCAUUAUUUCUCUAUUAAAAAAAACACAUUUUGACAUGUUUGUAUCAUUAAAGAUCCCUUUAACUGUAAAGCUUUAAUGGGGACUCUUGGCAAGGCAACUUGUCUCUGUUAACAUUCCUGACUCAGUUUCCCAGAAAGCUUCUGUUUAUGUGUACCUGCAAGCAGCAGGCAGAUGGAAACUGGAAUGACCCAAAGAUGUCUGCUGUUUGGUCGCAUUUUCAUGACAGUCAUUGCAGUGUGAGCUCGGGAGUCAACCAAGGAACAGCCUGGAUUGAAACAAUACAGAACUGAUGCUCUCAGCUCACAGAUUUAGCCAACUGUGACCUAAUAUGGACAAUGACGUUGCAUAAAUUGAGACGAUUCUUAUCUGAGCUACUUCCUUGUCUACCAGAGACGGAGAGAAGUAAACAGUCCUGAAGCUGUCUGUCGCUGACGUGCUCGUUGGCUCUUUUUUCAGAGAGAGUUUAGAGGAGUUGAAACCCCUAAGAGCACAUUCAGAAUGUACACAGACAGAAGGGAUUGAGCUCACCGAGUUCCUUAGAUGUCUAAUGAAGAAAUCAGUUUUUAUUGCAUUAACUGAAGUCCGGUAGUAUUUGGCUGUGAUGUUCUGUGUCUGUAUUCGGCUUUAACGCUGAAACAAGUAGUCGAACAACUGAUUACCCCCAGUGUCCACCGAACACGCCUGCACUGCGUUGCGGCUGCCGAAGGCGAUCCGCUGUCAUCGGAGCCAGUGUGCCAAUGCCAUUCACUCCCAAAUGCAUAUUUAUUGUCAACUAAAGUACACUUAGAUAGAAAUAGUUCAGAAAUGUCACAAAUAUGCUUGUUCACUUUCCGACUGAGCUGUUGUUGGUCCGAUCCGACAUCUGGGGUUAGUCAGUCAACGUAGAAUUUAGAUGAAACAACAGUUUUGAUAACCGAAUAAUCAGUUUCCAUUAUGUCAGGACUUGCUGUAUUUCUGUAUUAUAUCAUUCUAAUUGAAUAUCUUUUGGUACUGAACCAUACAGCGCAGUUUCAAACCCUCAGCUUAGGCUCUGGGAACUUACGAUGGGCAUUUUUCACUAUUUUCUGACCUUUUAUUGGCUAAACAAUUAAUAGAUGAACUGAUCGAUAGUUGCACCCUUAUUGGCUGGAAGGGUUUGACGUUGCCUGCCUUGCAAAGAGGCACUUCCUUCCAUUCGUGCCCCGUGCAGGUGUGCCCCUGCUUGGAAAACACUAAGUUGAGUCGAGUAAGACAAAUCCAGAGGUAGCGUUGGAGUGAUGAGGACAGGGAGAAACUGUUGGCCUCUCUCCCUCACCACCUUGUAUGCGAGCGCAGUGGGGUUUUGCAUCGGCGGGCUGAAUAGACCCAUCAGUAAGCCUACACUGGUGGGACGCUGCUGACCUCUGGGUGCCCGUCCCCACUCUGCCCCAGCGCUCACAUUGUCAGAGACACUCAGGCUUCUCCAGUUUCAAAGGCGACGGGCAGAGGAGGCCAGGAGAAACAGCACUUAGCCAGGCCCUGGAAUAGCUUAUUCCAAACCUUUUAAUCCCCUCCACCACCUCCGCCCCCCUUUCACACUCUGACAGCUGCAGAGGAGGAGGAGGAGGAAUUGGGACCGCCCGCUGUGGUGGCCUGCAUCUUGAUGCCCCCGUCUCCUUUGUCGCUGACCUGGAAACCUCCAUCUGGGAAGAAGCCAGAUGGGGGAAGGUGAAGCCAGAUGGGGAAAGUUUAGGCCUGCGGGUCCACAUGAAGUUUUCUUAUCACUGAAGCGGAGUUGUCAGAAGCUGGCUGAAGCUCGCUCCAGUUUGUGCCUCUCAUGUCUGAUCACUACAUUUAAGUCACAGAGCUACGCAUCCGUUCUUAUGAAAUGUAAAUCUCUGGCGAUCUUUCAAAGCCCCCGAAGGUCCUUUAAAGCCCCCGAAACACCCGUUUCCUUAAUCAGCUUCUUAAUAUGAGCGAUGAGAUCCUACAUGAACACACAAUCUUCUGCCAAAGUUGGAACAUUUUACUUGAGAGAUUUCUGUGUUUUUCACUGUUUUCAGGGGAUGUAACAACUAGGGCUGCACGAUACGGUGUAAAAAUCAUAUUGCGAUAUGAUUCACUCUUAGUGGGAAUGAUCAUUUCUGCAUCACAAUUUUCAUUUUCACUGGAAAAAAUUCAAAGUGAGUCCAUUCGUAAUCUAAAGCAGAUGGUUGCUGGAGGUGACACAUCUAUUUGCUUAGCAGACAGUAUUAAUCAGAUGAGAUCGAUCCACAAUUUACAGUUUUACUAAUCAUUCUAUAAAAUGUAGUGUGUCUGAUGUUAUUUACGUUCUAAAAGCAGAUUCUGCCACCAACAUAAAAAAUAUAUUGAAUCGGUACUUUUAUGAACGGAUAGUGUUGUAGUUGACGAUUAAGAAUUGGUAAAAUUGGCUUCAGUAGACAAUAGUGUUAAAAAAUCAUUUUUUUCUCUGCAGUGGACACAAUAUUCUUUGGAUCCAAAUAGACAGAAGAGUUACUGAUGAUUCAAAUGCCUUCAAAACCUUUAACCCAACCCCACUUUUUGGGAAUUUGUUGACCUGAAUUAAAAUAGAUUGAUCAUCACACCCUUGCUGGCUGCUCUGAAUUUAGGCAGCGAGACACUGUAGCUUUAAGAUUUAAAGUCAUAUUUUCCCAUUUUGGGGAAAACGCUCGUUCAUUUUCUUGCAGAAAGAUAGAUGAAAAAAAUUGAUAUGGCUCAAAUCUGUCCAUAAAUAUGAAGCUACCGCCAGCAGCAAGUUAGCUUAGCUUAGCAUAAAGACAGGAAAUGGGGGGAAAAGGCUAGCCUGGCUUAAGGUAACAAAAUCCACCUACAAUCACCUCAAAAGCUCAUUAAUAAACAUUUUAUAUCUCGUUUACUUCGUACAAAAGCAAACUCUACAGACACAUAUAUUACACGUUCAUUUGAAUUUUAUUUGUACUCGCAGUCUACGUGGUGAACAGCGGGUAGUAAGAGGUCACCAGACCUCUUUUGGUUUUUGAAACACCACCAGAGAUUUGAAACACAGAUGCUUAGCUCUGAAUCUCCAAUGUAAUAAUGAUGAAUGAGUGGCGCCUCGUGGCUUUAACCAAAACCAAGUCAGACGUUUCUGUCGAGAUCGAUGAGUCGAGAUCGAAGGCCGGUUGUGGAUGUGAGCAGGGGGGG